GGUCUCAGAUCCUCGUAGCCAUCAACUACAUGCUAGUGUUGAGACACACUACACCAUCAUCCGCCUCUCGAGUUGACAGUUGAACCCGAAAGCCAUCAUCAUGGCCACCAAGAAGCGAUACGCCCUCGUGGGCACCGGCGGACGAUCGAGCUUCUUCUACACGGCCAUCGCAACUGACUACCAAGCAACCUCCUGCAUCGUAGCGCUCUGCGACACCAACCAGACACGCAUGGACUACGCCAACGGCCGGCUAACCGACCUCGGCCACGGCGCCGUGCCGACCUUCCCCGCCGCCGACUUCGACAAGAUGAUAUCGGCGACCAAGCCCGACGAGGUGAUCGUGACGACCAUCGACCGCACCCACCACACCUACAUCGUGCGCGCGCUCGAGCUCGGCUGCAACGUGGUGACGGAGAAGCCCAUGACCAUCGACGCGCCGCGCUGCCUCGACAUCUUCUCGGCCGUCGAGCGCACGCAGCGCAACGUGCGCGUGACCUUCAACUACCGCUACGCGCCGCACAACACCAAGGUGUUUGAGCUGCUGCGCUCCGGGGCGAUAGGGACGGUUACCUCGGUGCACUUUGAGUGGAUGCUCAACACGUCGCAUGGGGCGGACUACUUCCGGCGCUGGCACCGUGAUAAGCGCAAUAGUGGUGGUUUGUUGGUGCACAAGUCUACCCACCACUUUGAUCUGGUCAAUUUCUGGCUGCAGACUCGUCCGCUGUCAGUUUAUGCUCAGGGUGAUCUCAAGUUCUACGGCAAGGAGAACGCUGAGAAGAGGGGGGUGACGGGGUUUUAUAACCGAGCGAGUGGUAGUGAGAUCGCUAAGGAGGACCCCUUUGCCUUGCACCUCGAGACUAUCCCCACGCUCAAGGCGCUGUAUCUGGAUGCGGAGCACGAGGAUGGGUACUACCGGGAUCAGAGCGUGUUUGGGGACGGGAUCAGCAUCGAGGAUACCAUGAACCUGUUGGUGAGGUAUCGGAACGGCGCGGUCAUGACGUAUUCGCUGACGGCGUAUGCGCCGUGGGAGGGGUUUAGGGUGACCUUCAACGGAACUGGCGGCAGGUUGGAAAUGGAGGUUGUGGAAAACAGUUAUGUCAACUCGGGCGGUGACCAGUCGUUGGAGGGGUCGAUCGAGAAGAGGUCGAUAUUGCUGCGGCCGCUGUUUGAGCCGCCGAGGGAGAUCGAGAUCGAGACGAGCAAGGGGGCACAUGGCGGCGGCGACAGCGUCUUGUUGCAGGACUUAUUUGGGGAGCCGGUGACGGACGAGUACAUGCGGGCUGCGAGUCACAUCGACGGGGCGGCCUCGAUUUUGACGGGCAUCGCAGCGAACAAGUCGAUCGCCACGGGCCAAGUUGUUUUGGUUGAUGACAUUCUCAAGGUCCCAGGUUAGGUGUGUGCAAGAUACCUGCAUAGGGGAUUUGGUCGGAGAGAAGACUUUAAUACCCCCUUUCCAAUCCAUAACUCAUCGCUAUUCUAUUCGUUAACC